AUGGUAAGGAGUCUACAAUUUACUGGCCAAUGUUUGAUGAUAAUUCGCUGUCUCUGAACUGUGAUUGUCUGCACGGCUGCAAUCAAUCCACGUGGUAUUUGAAACAGUACAAUGAUGUGGCGCAGGGAAGGAAGAUAUCUUCUGCUAACAGGAAAGAAAGGAAUCCAAUUAUCUCAUCGUCUUGGAAUCGAGUCAGGCUGCCACAUUUCAACGGGACGAGUUUCCCUUUGCAGAUUUCUCCUGUCAAGUUUGAAGAUGCGGGAAAUUACACGUGCACCAUGGACACAGCCAAAGUGACGACAGUUGAACUGAUAACCACCAAAGGUAAGUCCUGGAAUUUUAAUGCAGUGACAAAGAAAGAGUUCUGUAAGAGUUCCAUCAGCCUCUGUUGCAGACCCUGGAAAUUUAUUGGAAAAACCAAUAGGAAAUGUACGGCACCUAUUGUUUUCUUGGUUGAGAUGCCGCAAGAGGUUCAUGGGAUUCUAUGCAAUUCCAGCCGCAGACACCUUGCCAAACGCUGGGGUUCUGGAAUGUUGGACAAGUUUGCUCAUACAUUUGAACAAACAUGUUCCCAUAUUCCCUUCUGAUUUUAGAUCUCCCCUAUUCCUUUUACACUUUCCCCUUCAGAGUUAUCGAGUCAUAAAGGACAGAAGCAGGCCACUCAGGACAACUUAUCUUUGCCGACCAAGACACCCAUCUUUGCUAGUCCUAUUUGCCUGUGUUUGACCCAUAUCCCUCUAAACCUUUCCCAUCCAUGCACCUGUCAAGUCAAGAGAGUUUAUUGUCAUGUGUCCCAGAUAUAGGACAAUGAAAUUCUUGCGAAUUAAUGGAGAAAAGAGUCCAGGAGCACAGAAUCAAUAUCCAAUUAUAACAGGGAGAAGCAGGAGUGUUAGGCAGCUGCUUCAAACUAAUGGAUUUAGAUUCAGAGUUGAGUGUGAACCAAACCAUUUGUACUCAACAAAUAUACCACUGGAGUAUGAUUAGGAAGAUUACAGGUCAAUAGACAUUCAGCCAUCCACAUGUACAGUCAGAUGCUGAGAACUGAAAGUAGGUCCAGAAGAAAAUGUUGCCUUCUGUAAAGGGGAAACUCUCAGGCCUUAACAUGAAAUAAUUGCAGACUGUGAAAAUAAGGAAAGAAAACUGAAAAAGCUGGAAAUAGUCAGCAGUGUGGGAGCAUGUGGUGGAUAGAACAAAUAAAUAUUUCAAAUAAUUAGCUAUCCAGGUACAUGAACUAAGAUGGUCAUAUAACAUUUCUCAUCCCAAGGUAUCUUUAGGAUCCAUUAGGACUGCAUAAAGAACAAUUAUUCCGAGCUGAGCUGAAUUGCCCUGUGUAAUCAAAUGGCCAUGGGUUGAAUUCGUGCAUGGGGAUAGUUUGUUGAACACUACAGCCCCUCAAUGGGAGAGUUUCCAUUUGCUAAUGUACUGGCUUUGAACUGGUGGCACAAAGCUGUUCAAGCUUGUUCUGUAGAGAAUGGAUUCUGUAGAAUGGGUUCCAGGUUUGAAUAGUUAUGCAUUCCUUUUAUGAUAUUAGUUAAUGGCAAGGAAAAAUGUUGUGACCGAGUGAAAAAUAUUUGGGUUGAACUACCCUAACAUCAUCCAUCGCUGAAACAAAGGCUUUCUUUGAUUGUAGUGACAGUAUUUCCCUCUCACCCUCUGGCUGAAGGAGACGAUGUAAUCCUUACCUGCUCAGUUUCUCGGAUUAGAGAAACAACAAGGCUCAUUUGGAUGGAAAAUGAAGGGAAAAACAUUGCUCUAGAACAGACAUUUAACUCCACGAGAGAAGGAAACAACAGUAUAUCAUUGUUCAUUCCGAAGAUUGGGCAUCGCAACAGAUGGUGGACAUGCCUUGUGUUUAACCGGCAAAUGCCGAGAAGUUUUACCACAAUCCAGCUUGAAGUUACUGCAUCAGUUAAGAUAACUUAUUUGAGCCACAUAGUCAUACCCAUGGUCCUUGUGCUUCUUCUUUGCCUUGUUGGAGCAAUAAUUAUCUACCACAGCAGGAUCCAUAAACCAGUCAAUGAAGAUCAAAGGAAACCAGCAAGCAGUCGGACAAACCCAAACACUGAACGGUGCAGUGAAGAAAUUCAUUAUGCUGCUGUCAGAUUCAAAAAGAGACCAGUCAAUGAAAAUCCAAAGGAACCAGGAGAUAGUCAGACAGUCCCGAACUCAGAACUGUACAGUGAAGAAGAAAUUCAUUAUGCUGUGGUCAGUUUUCAAAAGAGACCAGGUAAUUUGCAAGUUAUAUUGUACAAGCAACAUGCCUACUUUUUAAUUAGCUGUACUAACCCUAAUCUCUAAUUACUUUGAAGGUAAUAACCAAAGUGAACAGUCCAACCAGCAACCUUCAGAUGCAGUAAGUAAAAUGAUAAAAGAUCUCAAUAAUGUUUCAGAUUAAGGAAAGAGAAUUUACUGCAAUAUCUAACACCUCAUUUUCAACUUUGCACAGGGUCAAUGGGCUUCAGGUGGAGAGGAAACGUCAGUACUAUAUGGCACAGUAAUUCAGUAGAACAUCCUAGUUUGGAAAAGCAAACCUGCAGAGGCUGGGAAUGUGACAUAAAAAACAGAAAAUGAUGGAAAUACUCAGCAGGCCAGGCAGCAUUGGUGGAGAAAUUUCCCAGUUUCGAUAUAAUAAUAAUAAUAAUAAUAACUUUAUUUGUUAAGCACCUUAAAAACAACCAAAGCUGACCAAAGUGCUGUACAGAAAAAAGAAAACAAGCAAGACAUCAUAAAACAGGCAGAACAACAGAACAUACAACUAACACGAGGAGCAUAAAUUACAUACAAAAAUCCAAACAAUAAAUUAAAAAAAAAUAAAAAAUGGAUGAUAUG